ACAGUGAAGGCUAUGGUCCUGGAAAAGCGUCCUGCUUUAGGAGGGAGAGUUUUACACAGCUCAAAAGGUAGGGAAACACUCGUCGCUGAAAAGAGCCAGGCACUCGCCGUGGAUUAAAAACGGAAACUUUUGCGAUGGCUCUGAAGGUGAAAAAGUAGCGCGAGAAAAAAAAGCAGCACAGCCGCAAACCAAACCCACCGCUACCAACGGACCUUCAACUGCAAAGCAACUCCUAGUAGAUGCACGGCCACUGCUGAAAAAAUAUGCUCCAGCCGAGCCGCCUCAACCCCGGCUUCAGUCGCAGAUUCACAGUGUUUUAACCACUUUCCCGAGACGUUCUCCGGCCUCUCCUCUUUUGUCUCCACACGCCUCUUAACCUACAAAGUCCGCUGCACAAGUCGCCGACUCACCUGAUAGAGAAUUAUGGCAGGGAAGCUGACAACAGCGCAAGGCACAGGAAUACUGCUGGUGACAGCCAACGUUGGAUCCCUGUUCGAGGAUCCUGAAAACCUGCAGAAAACAUGGCUGAGAGAGUUUUACCAGACAGUACAAUCACACAAGCCUCACUUCUUGGCAGUUCACUGUCAAGAGGUUGGAGGGAAGAAUUACGAGGCGUCCAUGUCACACGUGGACAGUUUUGUGAAAGAGCUGCUGUCCAGCGAUACCAUGAAGGAGUACAGCAGAGCCCGUGUCUACCUCGAUGAGAACUACAAAUCCCAGGAGCAUUUCACAGCUCUUGGAAGUUUCUACUUUAUCCACGAGUCUUUGAAAAACAUCCACCAGUUUGAUUUCAAAGCCAAGAAAUUUAAGAAGGUGGUGGGAAAGGAGACCUGCUCAGAGACACUAGAAAGCACACCCACACUGGAGAAGGAGAAGUUUCCACAGGACUACUUUCCUGAGUGCAAGUGGUCCAGAAAAGGAUUCAUCAGAACUCGAUGGGCCCUGGCUGACUGUGCCUUUGAUCUGGUCAACAUUCACCUUUUCCAUGAUGCUUCCAACCUUGUGGCCUGGGAGAGAAGUCCUUCAGUCUACUCGGGGACCAGACAGAAGGCCUUGGGAUAUGUUUUAGACAGGAUCACAGACCAGCGGUAUGAGAAGCUGCCAUAUUUCGUCUUUGGGGACUUUAACUUCAGGUUGGACUCAAAGGAAGUUAUCGAGAGUCUCUGUUCUACUGCCACCAUGCAGACCGUCAGAGCUGCUGACACCAAUGAAGUCGACAAGCUAAUAUUCCGAGAAACCGAUAAUGACCGAAAGGUUGUUCUUCAACUUGAAAAGAAGCUUUUUAAUUAUGUCAACCAGGACGUUUUCCGGGAAAACAAUGGGACCUCACUUUUAGAGUUUGACAAAGAGCUGUCCGUCUUCAAGGAUCGGCUGCAUGAACUGGAGAUCUCUUUCCCACCCAGUUAUCCAUACAGUGAAGACAGCAAUCAGGGGAAGCAGUACAUGAACACCAGAUGUCCCGCCUGGUGUGACCGAAUCCUCAUGUCUUCCUCUGCCAGAGACCUGGUCAUAAAGCCUGAGAAUGAAGACAAGUCUAUAGUGUAUGAUAACAUUGGGCCCAAUGUCUGCAUGGGGGACCACAAGCCUGUCUUCCUGUCCUUCCGAAUAACAGCGGGGGCAGGUAAACCUAAUGCAAAUAAGCACAAGUGUUGUGUGGUGCAGUGAUUUCGUGGAAAGUAUUGCCAAAGGGGGGAGAACAUAUUCAGUGAAGCACCUCUGUGAGAAGACAGGAGAAAAAAAGAAACAACCACACACACGCACAAACACACACUUAUUGCACAAGCACACACUGAAGAACGUAGACAAACUUUUUUUUCAGCAGCGCUGACCAGUCGCCUGGACACGCCUCAUCCAUGCGAAAACGCAACCGUUUUCCUCUCCAUAAAACACUUGUCGAGAUGUGGACGAGCACCCGAGGGCCCCGGCUCCAGACGCACAUCGCUGACCUCACUGUUGCCAUGCAACCCCAAAAAGAAGGAAAAAAAAGACGGACAGACGACUCGUUUCCAUGCCACAGCCUCAUUGCCAAAACUCUAAUUGAAAUCAGUCAUACUACGUACUUUUAGACACCGUACCGGCCAUUUUUAGGUAUGCCUCUAUGUAUAGACGCUACUUUCCAUACAAUAUGUAAGGUGUUUUAAAAAAAGAAAAGUGCAAUGCAAAAAAAGUUGUAUAUCUAUAUUGUUAGGUUUAUUUGUACAUUUGACAGUAUAACAUAGAGCCUUUAAUGGUUUUAGUGCCGUUCUCUUCUCUGACCAAACUUUGUGGUCCUUGUUGGAAUAGGUAGAAAUCUGAGUUUACUUCAAAUAUGUAUAUCUAUCUAUCUAUAUAAAUAUAUCUAUAGAUAUAAAUAUCUAUAUCUAUAGAUAGGAGAUGCUGUUUUUGGUUUUGUUUUUGAGUUGUGUUCAGAACACACAGCUAUGCCUGACACAUAAGUGGAGUUUUUGUUUUAUAUGCUGUACUUUUUAAAAGAGAUAAUUUAUAAUUCUUACCAAAACGUUGAUGCUGACGUGUGUGCAGAAAAACAAAAGCAACUGCGAAGGUGUUCCUGUAGCCACAGAGACCUUCAGAUAAGUCUGUUCAAGAAGAGAAGCAGCAGAAAAACUAUUCGGUGAUUUAUUGCCUAUCCAAGAAUGUUUUAAGCAGUGCCAUAGACCAUGCAAAUAUAUAUGUAUGUGUGUAUAUAUAUAUAUAUAUAUAUGUAUAUAUGUAUAUAUGUAUAUAUAUAUAUACAUAUAUAUGUAUAUAUAUGUAUAUAUAUAUAUAUAUAUAUAUAUAAAUGAUAAUGUUUCCUAUUUAGCACUCAUGUUAUGUCCUUAUUAUUCUUACUCUAACUUAUUUCUAUAAUAUUAUGGUUCUGAAUGUGAUAUUUUAGAUAGGCUUGGGUGUCCUUAAAAAUGUAAAGUUUUUUUUUUUUGUCUGUUUUUGUUACUGCAUUAUGGUGCCAAGUAUCCUACACAGAUAUGAAGUGUGUAAGAGUUGUAAAAUUCUUCAUUCUGUCCGUAAAAAGGUGUUGAUUAUGAAAUGUAAGAAAAACGAGAGAAACUCUAAAGAAAAGCAGGGAAACUUGCUUUUUAUCUUGUGUAUGUAGCCUUCAGCAGCCUGCAAACGUCUGGAGCAUUACAGGCGAUGACAGCAUUUCUUUCUUUCUUUCUUUUCUUUUUUUAUUUCCUCUACCACACUACAGGUGUCAGACUGAUCCUCUGUGACUUUUUUGUUUUUAUCUGAAUCACCCACAAGUUGUGUUUUGCCUGCAGUUCAUGUCCACAUGCAUGAUUUUGUUUGUAGGCAGAGUUUAGAAAAAAGGAAAAAGGCCUUGCUUGUAUUUUUUCUUUUUUUAUUAUGUUUUUCUUUUUUUGUUCCUGCUGGUCAUUGUGAGUUUGCUGUAGGAGUAUAAGCUGCAGUUUUUUCUUCACUCCAUCUAAUAAAAGCAGAUAGAGAUUUUAUUCUAGCCCCUUUGGACGGCCUGGCCUCAACUGUAGGUGAUGCAGUUCUCAAGCAAUAAAAACCAUUAGAGUUCA